CAAAAAUGACAUAUUAACAAGGUUAUUAAAACGACGAAACGUUGAAACGCUCAUGGGUGAGUUUUAACUUUUAAAUGGUUUAAACAAAGUUUAAACGUAGUUUUAAACAACAUAGGGAAAUUUCAAUAUAUCAUAAUUUCAUGCAAUUAUAUCAAGCCAAAUACCAAACAACCAACAUAAGUUCUCAUGUGAUUCAACUUCAUCAAAGUAUUGUCCCUUUGGUCUAUCCCUUUUUCCUUCAUCCAAAGCCUCCUUUAAUUCUCUAGCAAUUGCAGUUGUGGUAUUGGGACACUUGAGGAUAUCUUUGUAUCCGCCCACAAGAUCUUUCUUCACCCUCAGAAUUGCUCCUUUAAUUUGCCUCGGGCAAAGGGCGCAUUGGAUCAACUCUCGCUUGCCAGGCUCUACAUAAUAGGCAUACUUCCAGCCUAGAUCAUCAGAUUUGGGUUUCCUUUUUGGAUCUUUCAGUGGAUCAUAUCCAUCACUUCGUAUUUGAGAGCCAGCUGCAGAUGCUUCCGUGCUAAAACCAGCCAUUUCUCCUCCAAUCUAUUCUGCAAUAAUGGAAUGCAUAUGUUCAGAUGACAGCACCUCACCUCAAUCCUUCUUCCUUCAGCAAAUUAAGAUGGUAGAUUUGGAUUAAUCAGGCUGAACAGCUAGAGGACGGUCUCUGCCAUUACUCACCAGUGAAGGAAAGCUAGAGGGCGGUCUCUGUAGUGGCCGGCGGACAGCGGGAGCGGCUGGACUCUGGAGCGCGGCUGAGCGGCGGCCUGGAGGAAGCUGCACGGGGGAGGAGCGGCGGCCUAGAGCGGCCUGGAGCAGAACGGUGGCCUGGAGCAGAGCGGCGGCCUGGGGCAGAGCGGUGGCCUGGAGUGUCGCGGCCUGGAGCGGAGCGGCGGCCUGGACUUCCUGGAGUGUCUGGAGCGUGGCUCUGGCGCCAAGCCCUUCCUCCAGCUGAUGUAGCAAUAUUUACUCACAUUUGAUCCUCACAACACUGAUACUUCAAGAUGGAACAAAUUUCACUUGGCAACAGAUACAAGGAGUGCAGGACACAAAGAACUACCAGCUGUCAAACAAAAAUACUUGUUGGAAAGGAUGUAUUAAACGAAAUAGAGCAAAGGCGUUCAUCACCAAGUGUGAUUGCAAAACUGAUGGGAAUUGAGGUGUUGCCACCUUCUAAAGUGGUCAAUAGUCGGCAUCAAGAAUUUAAGGAUGUUUUUGAAGUGUCAGAGGAACCACCAGAGGCUGUCGCAAAAGAGAAGUCCCAAGGCUUGCCGAGCUUGAAACGAAGAGCGCUAAGCUUGAAAAAGCUUAUGCCAUCAAAAACACUCUACAGAGAUGAUACACAUGAUUGUUAUGUGGAUUGUGUAGCUGGCUUGGGUCGCUUGAACUCAGUGGAAAUAAAUAAUCCUUUAUUUGAGAAGCACCUUCAUGACAUGAACUAUUCUGCAAAUUAUCAGUAUGUAAAAGAUACAUCAAGUGUUUGCAGGACAUACCCUGUGGGUUUAGCCAAUUCAUCACUCAGCAAUUUCAGCCUUUUAUCAAGAGGGAAAAACAAAGAUUUCAACAGCAUUGUAGUUCUGGAACCACCAUGCUUGGAAAAAGGGCAUGAUCCAGAAAACAUUUUUUCCAUUCCAUACCUUUCUCCUGUCAAUAAAAACUGCAGUAGAGGCAUGAAACAUAAGAAAUUUGAGUUUCCUGUAAUGGAGAAUGGAAGAGUUCGGGAACAUAUAUUAGGUACUGAAGCUAACAAUGUGCUUCGAAUUAGAAAAGAAAGACCCUUGACUAGUGACUCCAUUGAUCCACUGCAAAUUGGACAGGAAGCAUCAGUUCAUCAGUUUGGGAAUACUGAUGUGAGUUGUUCUGGAUCAUCUCAGAGGUAUUCUUGUGGUAACGAUAGCUUUAGGAAAACUAACAGGUCAUCAUCAAGCAGAAUAUGCCGGCAUGCAGAAUCUGCUGUUGGUUCGAAAACUCUUGCAGAAAUGUUUGCUUUAUCUGAUUCUGAAAGACUGAAGCUAAAUUCAGACUCAAAUGCUCCAGUUCUAUGUAAUAUGAUUGACCGUGAUAAUGGUCAUAGCAAGGAUGGAUGCUUUAUAGUUUUACCAAAGCAUGCACCUGUGCUGUCUAUCCGAAGCUCAAUGGACAUGCCUUCUUGCUUGGAAGGCUCCUCUCAGGGUAAAAAUAAUCUAAACAUAUCCAAUAUUUACAACAAUGGUAAGUUUCAGAUUGAUUCUUCCCGGGAUAAACCAAGAUCACUGAAGCAAAUUGGCAGUGGCACUGAAGCUCACUUGAGCAGUGCUCACUGUUUCCAAAAUCUUACAGGUGACAACUUUUCAACUCCUGAUUGCUUAAAUGAUAAAGUAUUGUUGACAACAGAUGAAGACGUAGUUCGACAAUCAGCUGAAUCUGAGCCUUCCAGGUUCAACUUGCAGGUUUCUAGGAAACAACGGGUGACAGUAUUGCCUUUCCAUUGUCACGAGGAUGAAUCGAUAUCUGUUUCGGAUCAUACUGAUGGUACAAAAUUUUGUAAAGGCUCAAAAGAGGUUGAGCAACCGAGCCCAGUGUCCAUCCUUGAGCCUCCAAUUAAUGAAGAUAUUUGUUUUCCACGAUGUUUCAACUAUGACUUGCAAGGGAUGGCUAACAAACAGAGAGGUUGCCAUCAAUAUCACAAUGAAUCUGAAGUUAACAUGUCAAGUGAUGAUGAAGACCAUUCUUUUUACCAAUCUUUGGAAGCAUUUCAGGUCGAGGAAAACUGGGACUUCUCAUAUCUUCUCGACAUACUUAUAUGCUCUGGUAUCAUAGUUGUUGACUGGCAGCUCAUCUGCAAGUCAUGGUACUUGCCUGGUUACCCUGUUGGCCCUCAUGUCUUUGAUAGGCUUGAAAGGAAAUACAAUAAAAUCGCAACAUGGGCAAAGCCUGAGAGGAGGCUUCUUUUUGACCUCGUGAAUUCAAUUCUUUCCGAGGUCCUUGCACCAUGUGUUGAUGUGCACCCAUGGGUGCAGCCUAGUAGACACUGUGUGGCAUUUUGGGGCCCUGAAGGGCCUGUUGAGAAGGUUUGGCAGACAAUUGUUAGGCUGCAGGAAGACUGUGUCACAAGGCAUCCUGAUGAGAUGGUUCUUGAUACAAAUUGGCUGGAAGUAGGCACCGACAUCAAUAUGGUGGGGAAGCAGAUAGCUAGGAUGUUACAUGGCGACCUCUUGGAAGAAGUCAUAGUGGACUUCCUUGGUUGAGUUGGUAGUUUCAUGUGGACAUAACUAGUAACUAACAACUUCGGCAACAUGGGGUUCGCUCAAACUUCAAGCAGAUUAUGCUGAAUAUGUAACGGCUUUUCAAGUGCACACAUGCCGCAUUUUUCUUCUGGUUAUAAUAGGAGCUAUGUAUUAUGUAAUUACAUUGGAGAGCAAAAUAUACAGGCCAAAAAAACACUACUGCAGGUAUUUUUCGAUUCUGUACUGCUAAGCUGUACUUCCUGGUCCUAUCUGAUACUUUGAUGGGUGUAGUAAUUGUAAGGAAAAUGGACCUUAAUCUAGUUUGGUUAUGAUGUUUGAUGACCAACAUGAUUAUUUGGACUAAUA